CUACAACAUAUCCAACUUUCAGAGAACGUAUUGAAUCAGAAAAAUUCAACUCUCGCCGGAAAAGUCGCCGGAAAAUCAUCGGGAAAGCGUAUCCUCGACAUAUACUGCGUACACGCAUCAAUGAAUCAUCACUAAGCAGGUGCGUAAUUUUUUUUAGUUUCGAACAAUUUUUCCGACGAUUUGAAACGAACAGACUGUGGGCCGAAAAUUUCCGGCGGCCUGAACCUGGCUGGGCCAAAAAUUUCCGGUGGCCGGAACCUGGCCGGGCCGAAAAAUUCUGGCGGCCGGAACCAGGCUGAGCCGCAAGAUAUUUUCGGCUCAGCCUGGCUCCGGCCGCCGGAAUUUUUCGGCCCACCAUCUGUUUUUGCAAUUUUCCGGAAAAAUUCGAUUUUAGGAGUUGAAUUUAGAUUUUAGGAGUUGAAUUUAGAGUUUAGGAGUUGAAUUUAGCGUUUAAGAGUUGAAUUUAGCGUGUAAGAAUUGAAUUUAGAGUUUAGGAGUUGAAUUUAGCGGUUAAGACUUGAAAUUAGCGUUUAGGUUCACAGGAAUAUUGAUGUAUUAUAUUGUAAUUGUAGGAAAAAUGUCAGAGUUGUUACCGACCGAUCAUGAUUACACACAGGAAUUUGAGAAUGGGAUCCAUUAUGCAAGUGUGGAGUUAGCUGAGUUAGCUGCAAAAACAAUCGCUCAGCAGUGUGGGUUCUUUAUUAUUAGAGGAGCAUGGAAACCGAAUACUGUUGGACAGAAUCCUGUUACUGCCCUCUGUAUGUAUUGCGACAGAAGUAGUAGGAUCGUUAAGUCUUAUAAACCAGACCCUACGAAGGAGACGCGUGGGAAUAUUAGUUCGAAGGGUACUGGUUGCCAGUUUCAGAUAUGUAUAAAGGAAGUAUGGCAAAAGGAUGGUCCAAACACAUGGGUCAUGGUGGGAGUGACAAGUCGUGAAACCGGAGCUAAUAGAGGGUUUCACAACCAUGAAAAGGUGUUGUAUCCAGAACAUCACCGACACAACAAACAGUUUAGUGAGGCUGAAAAAGAGAGGUUAAGAUUAAUGAGGAAGGCGGGGGUGAGACCAAAUCAGCAGAAGACGACACUCAAUACUGAAGGGGGUGUGCAUCAUGAUAUCAAACAGAUGUACAACAUAAAUUCGAAGACAAGAUUGGAUGAGAUGGGUGAAAUGGAUGCGAUACAGUUUGCGCUUCACGGAGCUGAACAUCGUGGGUACCAUAUCUGUUUGCAAAAGGACUCUAAUAAUGUGCUCACUAAUCUGUUUUUUGCGCACCCGACGUCCAUUCAGAUGUUGCAUGCAUGGCCGUACGUCAUCCUCAUUGACUCGACCUACAAGACCAAUAGGUACGGCUGGCCAUGGGUUGAGAUUAUUGGGGUUACUCCAGUGAAGACGAAUUUCAACAUUGCACGUGCAAUUAUUAAGCAGGAAACAAAGGAAACAUAUGAGUGGCUGCUGCGAUGUAUUAAAGGGUUGCUCGGUGAUACGGUUCCGAAUGUCAUUGUGACAGACAAAGAAGGUGGUUUGCUUGCUUCUAUUCCUGUGGUCUUCCCUCUCCCACAUACUGGAGACCUGACUGCUGAACCAGAUUCUCCGCCUCAACAUGACUAAACACGUAGCUACUCAAAUAAGCAACCGCCGAUGUACGGCUGUAGCAACUGAUGACCCCUCGAUCUCCAGCCCCCGUCCAAAGCAAUAGGCAACGUGGCCACGAAAGCUCCUAAUGAGGCUAGGAUCCGUAGGUCCACCAGGACACUCACCAACAAGCUCCCACGGUGGAGGACCACUCGAACGUCCUCACCUACUCCGUCCAGUCCCCGAGCUCUCUGUCUCCUGACGAGCAGGUGGUACGAAUCGCCCAGCUCGGUCCCUAUACAUAGCAGGACGUGAUGUUGCCGUACGAGACGGCACUCGUCCAUGUCCACGCGUAGGUGGAGGGACCUCGAUAUCCUCAUCACUAUCGUCCUCAUCAAACUCAGCCGAGACCACUCUCGAUGCAGCACCCUGGUUCCUCCCAUGGGAACCAGACGCCCGUGAUGCCGAACGAGAAACUACAGUAGGAGCCUCUAACUCAUCCUCCCCCUAAAUUUGCCUGUGACUGAUGUCCAAUAUCUCGAGAGCGCUUAUUCUCCUUAUUCUUCCUUCGUGCUGAUGCAUCAACAAUCCUACCAUUGAAUCUAUACAACUUAUCCCCACCCGCAUCACCCGCAUCAUCCAUAUCUAAUUAUCUACAAAUUUACAAAAUAUCAUACUUAGAUGCGCACUAAUUAAUUAAUUUUCUAUUAACUAAUGUAAUAUUAACAUUAAUUGUUAAUUAAUCACAAAUUAAUUUAAUUUCUAUUAACUAAUGUACUAUUAAAAUUAAUUGUUAAUUAAUCACAAAUUAAUUAAUUUUAUAUUAACUAAUGUAAUAUUAACUUUAAAUGUUAAUUAAUCACAAAUUAAUUAAAUUUCUAUACUAAUUAAUCACAAAUGUACUGAAUAUUAACAUUAAUUGUUAAAUCAAUUCUUAAUUAAUUAAAAUUCCAUUAACUAAUCUAAGUAAUUAAACAUUCAAACGCCUAUUACAAAAAAAACAUUUAUGGACCAACUUAAAUAAAUAUUAACACUAAUUGCUAAUUUCUAUUAACUAAUUAAGUAAUUUUUUAUUUACUAAUAAGUAAUUUUUUAUUUACUAAUUAAUUAUUGUAUUAAAUUAAAUUAAAAACUGGCCGGGCCGAAAAAAUUAUGCGGCCGGUGCGCCGCCGGGCCGAAAAGAGUUUGCGGCCGGUGCGUCGGCCGGCCGAAAAAAAUUUGCGGCCGGCGCGACGUCGGGCCGAAAAACAUUUGCGGCCGGUGCGACGGCCGGCCGAAAAAUUCUUUCGGCUCGACGUCGCUCCGGCGGCAAAUUUUUUUCGGCCGGCCGACGAACACGCCGCCGCAAAUUUUUUGGGCGGCAUGGUCGGCGACCGGCCGAAAAAAAUUUGCGGCCAGGUCGUCGCCGGGUCGAAAGGUUUUUUUCGGGCCGCAGGUUUUUUUCAGCCCACCCUUUUUUUUGCCGGAAAACUGGAAAACUUGCCGGAAAACUGGAAAACUGGCUGGAAAACUGGAAAACUGCCCGGAAAAAAUAAACUUACUUGUUUUCCGACGAUUGAGGGCGACGGGUGGUUAGCCGACGACGGAAGAACGGUGCCGGCGACGGAGGCACUGUGCUCGUCAACAGAAGUUUUUGUUGGAAUGAGUCAAAUGUUCCUGAUAUCUGAAUUUAUAGAAUGAAAGGAAGGGAAGGGAGGGAAAAUUCAAAAUUUGAAUUCAAAUUUUUUUUUUUUUUGGUUGGCGGCAAAUAGCAAUUUGAUUGGCGGCAAAUAACCGUUCACUUUCCAAAACGAUGACAACUGAUUGCAUUUGUGUUUCCAUAUACUCAAAAUUUUCAAUAUUUGGUUCAAAUGAACAAUUAGUUAGAAG